AUGUCAGAAGGUUUUUUAAACAAAUUAAGAGAUUAAGCAAUCCAGUUGAUAGCACAAGGUAAUGGGAAUAUUGAAUGUAGGGAAAUCUGAAUACUUGGGAGGAGCUACACUAGAAGCAAAAUAAGGAGGAUAUGAUAAAAUGAAAUUGGGAUGCUAAGAAUUAGUAAAAUAUGCCAGACAAGAGACAAAUUAAUAGUUGUGUCAAAUCGCCAGUUAAAAAUUAAAUGAAUUUACUGCAGAAAUGCAAAAUAUGAAAGCUUAUCUAGACAAUUACAAAGCAAAUUUGUCAGGGUAAGUUUAACUCCAGCCUUAAUAACAAUAAUAAUAAUAGUUCCCAUAAAAUUCACAACCAUAAUAAUAAUUAAAAAACUCAAAUGGUAACAAUGAAUUGAAAAAAAGUACAAACCCUAAAGAUGAACAAGAUUAAGGAAAAUAAAAGUAAAUUUUAUUAUUAUUUAUUAAUUAUAUUAGACUUGUAGAAGGAUAAUAAGCUUUGAGGAAUAAUCUAUCAACAGCUAUAGUCACAGAAAAACCAAAUGUUAGUUGGGAUGAUGUUGCUGGUUUAGAGAAUGCAAAAAAUUCAUUAAAAGAAGCUAUAAUUAUGCCAAUGAGAUUCCCUGAACUCUUUUAAGGAGCACGUAAGCCAUGGAUGGGUAUCCUAUUAUAUGGAGUAUAAUAUUAAUAAAAUUUUUUAGCCUCCUGGAACAGGUAAAACAUUUUUAGCAAAAGCAUGUGCAACUGAAUGUGAAGGAACAUUCUUUUCUGUAUCUUCAGCAGAUUUAAUAUCAAAAUUUGUAGGAGAAUCAGAGAGAUUAAUUAAAGAGUUAUUUAAUAUGGCUAGAGAAUCAAAACCUACAAUUAUAUUUAUUGAUGAAGUUGAUUCCAUGACUAGUAAUAGAGAAGGUGGAGGUGGAAAUGAAGCUUCAUCUAGAGUCAAGACUCAAUUUUUAGUAGAAAUGUAAGGAGUUGGAAAUAAUAAUGAUUCUGUUCUAGUUUUGGGUGCAACAAAUUUACCAUGGGCCUUAGAUCCAGCCAUUAGAAGAAGGUAAAAUGAUUAGCAAUUAUUUUUAUAGAUUUGAAAAGAGAAUUUAUAUUCCCCUGCCUGAUAUUCAAGGGAGAUUAUCAUUAUUGAAAAAUAAAAUGAAAAAUACCCCUAAUAAUUUAUCCCCAGCAGAAUUUGAAGAUAUUGCUAAAAUGCUUGAUGGAUAUUCAGGGUCAGACAUGAAUACUUUAAUAAGAGAUGCUUCUUUUGAACCUUUAAGAAAAACUGAAAGGGCUACUCAUUUUAAAUACACAUAAACUCCAGAAGGAAUGAAAUAUAUGGCAUGUUCUCCUUCUGAUCCUUAAGGUUAAUAAAUGAGAAUGUAUGAUAUCAAAGGAGGAUAACUUUAUUUACCAUAAAUAGAAUAUGUAUAUAUUUUCAUCAUUUUUUUAGGAUGAUUUCUUAAGUGUACUUCCAAAGUGUAGGCCAUCAGUUUCUUAAGGGGAUCUUAAAAAAUAUGAAGAUUGGACAGCUGAAUUCGGAUAAGAAGGAUGA